CAAAUGGUCUUAUACAAAUUUUAUACAUGCUAACACAAGAGCACUGUAUAAAUAUUUUCAAAGAAGCUGAUUCAAAUAUAAAAAAAAUUGAGUCUGAAUCUUCAAAAAACGUUGACAUCAUCACCUCACGUAGAAUAUAUAAAUUAAUACGUUCAAAUCAUCCAAAACCUAUAAACUCAACAGGCAUUCCAGAAUUCAACUUAGAUAAAUAUAAAUCUAGAAUCUCACAGAAAAGUUGUGAAUUAUUUGAUGAAUCAGAUUAUGGUUCAUAG